UUGGUUUAUUUCAAGUUCUUAUCAAGUUCUCGUCAGAUGGCAACGCAAUCGUCGAUCGCAGGUGCCCCCAUCAGGAAUAUAGCCGUACUAAUCAGUAAGUGAUUGGCAACGAGUUAAGCGAGACAAGUGAUUAAAAAAUGGCAUCCGCGACGACGUCGCACAAUGAGGUUUCGCAACAAUUUUCUGUCAACAAACUUAUUCGCGUUGGUUAUUACGAAUUGGAGAAAACAAUCGGCAAGGGUAAUUUUGCCGUUGUCAAAAUGGCAACCCACGUUGUAACAAAAUCCAAGGUGGCUAUAAAAAUAAUAGAUAAAACGAAAUUGAACGAGGAGAACUUGGCAAAAAUAUUCCGGGAGGUACACAUAAUGAAGAGGUUGAGGCAUCCGCAUAUUAUCAGACUAUACCAAGUGAUGGAAACGGAAAAGAUGAUAUAUUUAGUAACGGAAUAUGCUCCGGGAGGUGAAAUAUUUGAUCAUCUCGUAAGGAAUGGAAGAAUGCCGGAGCCAGAAGCCAGAAGAAUAUUUCGUCAAAUUGUUCUUGCUGUCCGUUAUCUACACCAACAAAGAGUGGUACAUCGAGAUCUUAAGGCUGAGAAUUUGUUACUUGAUGCAGACAAUAAUAUUAAACUCGCCGAUUUUGGAUUCAGCAAUGAAUAUACUCCGGGUGUACCGUUGAACACUUGGUGUGGAUCGCCCCCUUACGCGGCCCCAGAAAUUUUCGAGGGAAAACAUUACGACGGGCCGCGUGCCGACGUAUGGAGCCUCGGCGUUGUCCUGUAUGUGUUAGUGUGCGGUGCAUUACCAUUCGACGGUCCUACGAUGCAAUUAUUACGCUCCGUCGUUAUCUCAGGAAAAUUCAGAAUUCCCUUUUUCAUGUCAGCAGAUUGCGAAAAAUUAAUUAGGCAUAUGCUGGUGGUAGAACCGGAAAGACGUUUGAGCAUUUCCCAAAUUUUAGCUCACUCUUGGAUGGGUGGCGAUGGUUUAACGGAACCGGAACCCGGAGGGUGCACUCCUGAAACGGCCGUUCCACUCCAAUUGAAUCAAUUAGUUAUAGAAAAUAUGCUUAGAUUACCUGGGCUUAGUGCUGACACAUUGUUAAAAGCGAUUCAAGGAAAUGCGUUCGAUCAUGUCUCAGCGAUAUAUAAUUUAUUAGUCGAUCGAUUGGAACCGACGAUGUCUGCCUUACCUACCAUACAAAAUAUUCCAGGGGAUUAUAUGCCCGAUGGCGCGCAUCAAUUGGAAAAGUUCGGUGAAGCAGAGGCAGAAAGCGAAGAGAGAAGCGGUCUUCAAUUAUCACCCGAUACGCCAUAUCAUGCGACCCGAAGGCACACAGUAGGACCCGGUGACACGACGCAUCAGCCACCAACGUCAUAUCCGUACGCAUAUAAUCAUACUCCGGGAUAUCAUACGUUGCGGCCCCUUCCAAUAUUACAAUUCAAUAACGACCCCCAAGUUUUGCCGCAUACAAAUUUACCAUUGAAUCUACCGCUGGUUCAACACCAACCACCUCAGAAUUUUCAAAUCAAGGAUCAACAUUUAUUAAAGCCACCACCCGUAAUGGGCGCCACAGGAAGCUUUGGACGAAGAGCCUCCGACGGAGGGGCCAAUCUCCAUGUUUUUUAUCAACAGCACGGUAGUGGUACUAGCGGCGGCAGCGGCAGCGGCAGCGCCGGCGGCGGGGGCGGUGGGGGAGGCGGCAGCGCCGGUGAGAACGGUGGAUGGAGUCAACCUGGUAGCCGUGAACACUUGCAGCCUUUACAACCUGGGAGCCCGUCAUUGGUACAAUGUGCGCAAACGUCGACGGUUACCGUCGGUGGUACUGGAAACGGAGAUGGUAAUGGGACCGGUGGUAAUGCAAGCGGAACUGGUACGAGCGAUAGAAGACGACGAAGUGGGUUAACUGCCGUCAUGCAAAGACCAGUUAUAAAUCCGGAACUGGUUAUGGAGGUGGAAGCUAGGAUGAACAGAGCUUACCUGCCGUCACGAUUAUUACCGAGUCAUCUUAGAGGCCCGACGCUUCCACACCACAGGAAAACUUCGUUGUAUCACGCUAGUGCUGGAAGUAGAGAUUCGUAUAAAGAGCCAAGCAGUCACGUCGCAACGGAGAGAUACUCGCCGGUCCGUCGUGCCUCGGAAGGAUCAGGUCCUCCGGGUCCUGGUAUACAAGCGCUUCAACAAGAGUACCAACAGUUGCAGAGGUUAGCGUCACCUUCGCACAGUCCGGCUAGUAUACCAGGGUCUCCGGUUCACGAAAGAGGCGUAGCAGCCAUUACGCAAGGUUUGAGCGGUUUGACGACUGCACCCGUACAAGGUAGUAUAGUGCACGGUACUCCUGCGCAAUCACCGGCCACGCCAUUAGAUUUAAGUCCCUUAAGACAUCAUAGAUCACCGGCUACAACGCCUGUCAGUUAUUCGCCUAGCAAUAGUCCUGCUUUGGAUAUGAUUCAAGAAGAGCAUCCUGUAGAAAUACCACGAGCAUCUGCCGUUGGAAGAAACGAAGAAACGAUGCGACAUGAGGGAGAAAAACUUAAAGAAGAACGCAGAGAAUUGGAAGAAAGAAAAAUCAAGAAAAUAACAGAGAAGACAUUGUUUUUUUAUUAUAUAUGGAUAUAUAAUACAUACGUGGAGAAAUGUUGUGCGUCAAUGCUCGAAGAGCGUUCGAUGGUACGUUUCUCAAGUCGCGGCUACAAUCGGCUGAUCCUAAUAAAUUUGAAAUAGAUUUAAAUUUAUCGAUAUUAGCUUAUUUUUGCUUGGCCAGGUGCGAGAUGCGCGCGCAAAGAAAAAUUCUUUUCUUUAAUUUUCUAUUUUGUUAAUUCGAACGUAGAGACAAUUUCUUUUUGUUUUUCUUCGAUACACAAGCAUGAAUUAUUAAUUUUGCUUGAAUCAAUUGCGCGUCUCCGAUAGAAACGGAGCAGAUAUUUACUCUUUGCGGAUCAAUCUGUUGGCCGACGAUUGACAGUUACGAAAAGGAACAGCUUCGAGACAGAGAAUAACUAGCUAUUAGAAAGUAGACUUUCUUGGCGUUGCAAGCAUUUUAUGACAUCAUCUUCAUCGUCGUCGUCGUCGUCGUCAUCGUCGUCGUCGUCGUCGUCGUCGUCGUCGUCGUCAUAAAUGGAGAGAAUCAUAUCGAGGAUCGAGGGAAAAGGGAAAAGGGGUCUUGAUCGGAAAGCGGACAAAACUGAGGAAAAGAAGAAAAUGUUACGAAAGUUGUCGUAACUAAAAAAAAAAAAAAAAAGAAAAAAAAAAGAAAAAGAAAAAAGAGAAAAAACAAAAAGGGAAAAAGAUAUUUGAACUAGAUUGAUUUUUAAGACGAUUCGUUCCUUUUCAUGUAUUAUUGUCGUACUGCUUUAUCGCGAAUCUUUUUUUCUUUUUUUCUUUUUUUUUUUCUUUCAAGUAAAGAUAAAGAUUUUAAAGUCGAAGAAAGGUUCGUAUAUAGAUAUGUAUAUAUACGUAUAUUGAAAUGUCACUUUUAUUUUGCAUAUUAUGUCUCCAUUAUUUUGCGUAGAUAUGUUUUGCAUAUUUCGUUUGACGGACAUUUGCACGAAUAUACCACAUAUGUCGUGCAUAUGUGACAGCGUAUUUUUAUUUUCGACAUAAUAUGUCACCAAUUUCUCCUCGCUAUCAUCAUUUGUAUAUAAUUAAAUAGGCAUAUCUCUAAACAUUCGUAAUCUAAUCGUCAGACAUAAAAUACAUACAUAUAUAUCUACAAGUAUGUACUAUAUUUGAUCAUUUUCACAGCGAUCGUAGAGCUACGAAAAUUCGAUUCGACGGUCUUCCUUUGAGGGGAGGGCGGGGGGCGACAAAUAAAUAAGAAAGGAAAGAAGAAAGAUAAGAGAGAAACGAAUGAAACGAAAUUAUUAUGUCAAAUGAUACAGAAUUUACUAAUACGUACGAUGUUACAGAGUCAAUCGAUAUAUCAUAUUUUCUAUAUUUGACGCGUACAAGACGGAAAAAGAAAGAAAUAAAGAAGGAAAGAAAGAAGGAAAGGAAAAAAAGAUAGACAAGAGACAUUUGCGUGGGUACAUAUUGUAGAUAGGUGUACUACUCGAAAGUGUUUUCAGCUAGCUCGUCGAACUUGUUUUCGUAAACGUAAAAGUAUCGCGUCAAAAGUACUCGCGUAUUUAAAAUUAUCCUCUUAGCCGCUAUCGAUGUAAGAUAUCUGAAUUUUUGUCGUAUCUCGAUCAAUUUGAUUUUGCUCUAUCGCGAUUGUUGUUCCUUUUUAAACGGUGUUUUAUCGUAUUUAUAUAUACAUAUAUAUGUAUAUGGAAAUUCGAUGCCCGAUGCGAGAGAGGAUGAACCUUAUUAUUGUAUAUACACACACACACACACACACACACACACACACACACACACACACACGUGCACGCACGCACGCACGCACGCACGCACACACAUGUAUAUGUACAUGUAUAUUUAUAUAGCUGUAUAAAUACAUAUAUGCGAGGAUGCGUCUGGAUGUCGUCAUAAGAAAGGAGAGAAUCAUUUGUAAUGUACAUUAUGAAUAUUACUAUGCGGAUAGGUUUACAAGAUAGUAUUUUCUGUUGUCAAUUCUUCAACUAAGACUGUGAUUUUUAAAUAUACUAAUAAUAGAAUAUAAAGUAUAAUAUA